AUGGGACCUCGAAAGCAGCUGAAGUCGACACCCGCGGCCACAGACCCGAGCACCCCAACGUCCAAUUCGGAACCGACUCAACAUAACGGCUUGACGUCGCCCAAGCGAGCCGGUAAAUCGGCCUGGACGACCAAGACUUGGCCGCAUGGCAGGAAGGCCGCUGCUGUGACAGAAGUUGCUCGGGAGAGCAUUUCUGCCGCUGGAAACAUAGCCUCGGAAUUGGUCUCUUCGACGACUUCUCUACCUCAACUCCGCAGCCCAAACCGGCCCGGUUCGAUACAACUAAUAAGAAAGACUGGCGUCUCGAACCGCUCUCUUCCAGCAGAUGCUACAACGACGCGUAUCAACAUCGAUUCGAAUGGAUCAGCCUCAAAUUCAGCUGUGAACAAAGGCAUAACACAGUCUGGCUUACCGGAAAGCGAGGAUUCCAAUAAAUCGACCUUGAAUCAAGAUUUUACGCCGAUCAAGGAGGACUCGAACGCAGAAGACCCGACUACCACAGAUGAUACCCAGACAACAUCCACUCCUGAAAAAGAGUCAGAGUCUAAUGAGAGACCUACAUCUACCUGGUUCGGCUGGUUUGGCUUAGGUAGGACAUCGACAGAUAAGCCGAGCUCGGAAGAGGGCAUCAUGGGAAAGUCUCCUGAUACAAUUGGGCCGAGGCCAGCUAUCGAGGUGCCUCAACCAGAACCGGAGGCUUCGAAAUCUGGCGAGAAUGAAACUGAAACAAAUAAUACGCUUGAAAUUGGAAUAUCACCUAAUGCGGAUCCGCGAAAGCAAAAUGAUACAAAUGUUCCGACACCACCAAAACGUUCAUGGAUGCAAAUGUGGGGGACGAGCAAUGUUAGUCAAUCUAAAGACCCUCAAGAAGAGGCCUCAGUAAAGGAACCUCGCAUCGAACAAGGCGAGCCUAUGGAAGAGGAAACCGCGGCUACGAGUGAUAAUCAAAGCUCGCUACCUGACAAGGCUCAAGACAAUUACUCAUCGAAGCGAACAUCAGGACCUAGCAAGUCAAGCGGAUGGGCCUUUUGGUCAAGGGAUGUUUCAAAUACAGAGCAGAAACAAGGCUCUGAGAGUCAACAAGAACCUGGUGAAUUGAUAGUAUCAGGACAGCCAAAAGUGCAGUCCAACUCUGAGGAUGUUGUUGCUCAGGUUGAUAAUGCCCAAACACCGACAUCAACAAUCAAAUCACAGCAGAAAUCCCCAAGAAAGUCUAUUAAAUCAGUGGAUUACAAGAAUGCUAAAUCUGCUGGAGUGGUGGAGGAUACUACAAACACAACAACGACGGCCGCCCAAGCCUCUGCUGCACAAUUAUCCGCAAAAGCACAAACAUCAGAAGUCACCGCUUCAACAAAGCUCGAAAGCGUGCUCACAAACCAACUGCUUCCUUCCUUCAAGGACACAUUUGCUUUACAAGAGUCACCAUCAUGGCUGCAAACUCUGGGUCGUAUGAUAUAUUCUCCGAAAGAUUCUGGAAAUCGACAGGUCUUUGCACUUCGUGAUCCGCCUCGUCCCAAAAAGGCACUAGCUAUUGGCGUUCAUGGUUAUUUCCCUGCCCCAUACUUGCGCACAGUACUCGGUCAGCCCACUGGGACGUCUCUCAAAUUCUCGACUAUGGCAGCCAAAGCAAUUCAUCAAUGGGCCGACAGUCACGGAUAUCAUUGUGAUGUGGAAAAGAUCGCUUUGGAGGGAGAGGGCCGCAUCGCUGAAAGAGUCGACUUGCUAUGGAAGCUUUUGCUAAGAUGGAUAGAAGAGAUUCGAAAAGCUGAAUUUAUAAUGUUUGCGUGUCAUAGUCAAGGUGUUCCGGUUACAAUUAUGCUUGUUGCAAAGUUGAUUGCCUUCGGAUGCCUGGACGCCGCUCGUGUUGGGAUAUGUGCAAUGGCUGGCGUGAAUUUGGGGCCAUUCCCGGACUAUAAAUCCAGAUUUAUUGGGGGAUCUGCAGGAGAGCUUUUUGACUUUGCGCAUCCGACAACAAAGGUCUCUAAAGAUUAUGAGGCAGCACUGAAGACGGCAUUGGAGUUUGGUGUGCGUAUCUCUUAUGUUGGCAGCAUAGACGAUCAGUUGGUUUCUCUAGAGUCUUCACUAUUCGUUUCAGUAACUCAUCCAUAUAUUUAUCGAGCUGUCUUUGUGGACGGACGAGUCCACGCGCCGAGUUUUCUCUCUCAUCUAGUGGGCUUCGCAUUAAAACUACGAAAUCUCGGCAUCCAAGACCACGGUCUCAUCCGCGAAUUAAGCGCUCCUCUUGUCGGAAGUCUCGUUGGCGGCGAAGGCCACUCCCGCCUCCACGACGAAGAGAACAUAUACUACACAGCAGUUCAAUUCGCCCUCGAAACCUCGACCAUCACCUCCCCACCUUCCCUGCACAUCCAUCGACACAACCUAACCGCCACACCAAAUCCAUACAUCCUCCCCUUCGCACUACGCGGUCUUUUAGAGGAAGACUACGUACGUCACGAACUACACGAAGAAAGCCUUGAGCUCCUCCAACAAUUCGAUGAGUGGAAACCAGCGACUAAGGUGCUUAGAGACGUCAAGUUUCGGUUAGAAGGGAUUCGGUCCAAGCUUUAA